AUGGACGCAGCAAGUAUUAGAAUAGAUGCACCAUUGGUUGCCCAAAACCAAGGAAAAAUUGUCCGUAUUAUAGGAACAUGUGAAUCAUUUGAUUCAUCUUCGAACCAUGCAGUAUUGAAAAGUAACGGAUCUAUAAGUCUUGUGUUAAACUCCGGUGAUUCGUUGGAUAUCAAUAAAAAUUAUGAAAUAAUUGGAAAAGUUAAUACCGAUGCUUCGUCCGUAAGAGUGUUAUCAAUAAUAGAGUUGUCCGACAAUAUAAAUUUUGAAGCCGUUCAGAAACUAGUUAGCUAUGUGCAGAAGGUUCCAGAGUUGUACUAUUAG